GUGGUGUCUCUCCACUGCCCUUUUCGCCAUCUUGCAUCAUGCAAACUGAAUGAAAAUACUGUGGCAAUACAUAAGGGGGCUAUCGUACUUUGUCAGGACUUCACCUUUCCAUUUAGAAAGAGUAUUGGCUAGGCCCAAAACUAGAUUCUCAACGAUGACGGAAUUGGAAAGGAAAAGCCAAGUUAAAUUAAACACACUUCUUGAAAUUGAAGCAGCUGUUCAAAAGCAGUGGGACACAGAAAGGAUAUUUGAAGAAGAUGCUCCUCAGGAUGGGAACAAAGUUGCAGUGCAGGAAAAGUACUUGGUGACAUUCCCAUACCCAUACAUGAAUGGGCGACUUCAUUUAGGACACACAUUUUCUCUCUCAAAGGUACCAUUUGCAGUUGGUUAUCAAAGAUUGAGAGGAAAGCAAUGCUUGUUUCCAUUUGGAUUUCACUGUACUGGGAUGCCUAUCAAGGCUUGUGCAGACAAAUUGAAAAGAGAAAUGGAACAGUUUGGUUUUCCUCCUGUAUUCCCACAAGCCAAUCAGGUUGACCUUGAAGCUGCUAAGGAUAUGAAAAGCAAAGUUGCUGCCAAAACAGGUGGACUGAAGUAUCAGUGGCAAAUUAUGAAGAACAUAGGACUUAACGACGAUGAAAUAAAAAAAUUUGCUGCUACAGAUUACUGGCUGGAGUAUUUCCCACCAAAGGCCCACUCGGAUUUGAAAAAGAUGGGCCUGAAGGUUGAUUGGAGACGAUCAUUCAUAACGACAGACGCCAACCCAUAUUACGAUUCUUUUGCAAGGUGGCAUUUCCUUAAACUGAGAGAGGGGGGCAAAGUGAAGUUUGGAAAGAGAUAUACGGUCUACUCACCAAAGGAUGGCCAGCCUUGUAUGGAUCAUGACAGACAAUCCGGAGAGGGUGUUGGGCCCCAAGAAUACACUUUGAUUAAAAUGCAAGUUUUGGAGCCGUACAAGGGAAAACUUAGUCCUCUGGCUGGGAAGAAGAUUUUCCUUGUUGCUGCGACUUUGAGGCCUGAGACCAUGUAUGGCCAAACAAACUGCUGGGUGCGUCCUGAUAUGAAGUACAUUGCAUUCAGAGCACGACAAGCAGAUGAGGUCAUUAUUUCCACAAAGAGAGCUGCACGUAACAUGGCGUUUCAAGGCAUGACACACGAAGAAGAAAAGAUUGAUGUCCUAGUAGAGUUAACUGGUGAUGACAUCUUAGGCUGCGGUCUCAAGGCUCCUCUCACUGCCAACUCUGUCAUUUACGCUUUGCCAAUGUUGACCAUCAAAGAUGACAAAGGAACUGGAAUUGUGACAUCAGUUCCCUCUGACGCUCCAGAUGAUUAUGCCGCCUUGAGGGACCUUAAGAACAAAGAGGCUCUUAGAAAGAAAUACAAUAUAGCCGACGAGAUGGUGAUUCCCUUCGAACCAAUACCUAUCAUUGACGUCCCGGGCUUCGGAAACCUAUGCGCUGUUACAACAUGUGAUCAGUUCAAAGUUAAGAGUCAAAAUGACAAGGAUCAGUUGCAAGAGGCGAAGGAGCUGGCCUACAAAAAGGGUUUUUAUGAAGGUGUAAUGAUGAUUGGAGAGUUCAGUGGGAUGAAAGUGCAAGAUGUAAAGAAGAAUGUCCAGAAGAAAAUUUUAGAUGAGGGAUCUGCCUUCAUGUAUAUGGAGCCGGAAAAGAAAGUCAUGUCCAGAUCGGGUGACGAAUGUGUUGUAGCUCUCUGCGACCAAUGGUAUCUAGACUAUGGAGAGGAAACGUGGAAGAACCAGGCAAAGGACUUGCUGAAAAAUGUUGAAACUUUCUGUGACGAAGCAAGGCACAACUUUGUUGGCACCCUCGAUUGGUUACAAGAGCAUGCCUGCUGUAGAUCUUAUGGGUUAGGUUCGCGUGUGCCUUGGGAUGAGCAGUAUUUGAUCGAGUCCUUAUCAGAUUCUACAAUUUACAUGGCAUAUUACACAGUUGCACACCUCCUCCAGGGUGGCGUUGUUGAUGGAUCGAAGCCGGGACCGGCAAACAUUCGGCCCGAGCAACUGACAGAAGCAGUCUGGGACUUCAUCUUCCUCAGCGAUGCCCCGGAACCAGCCACGGACAUCAAUAUUGAUUCUUUAAGGAACUUGAAGCGUGAAUUCAAUCAUUGGUACCCUGUGGACUUGCGUGUUUCCGGCAAGGAUUUGAUUCCGAACCAUUUGACUUAUUUCCUCUACAAUCAUAUUGCUGUAUGGCCAAAAGAAGCAAACAGGUGGCCUAAAGGUAUCAGGGCAAAUGGACAUUUAUUGCUCAACUCUGAAAAGAUGUCAAAAUCUACUGGAAAUUUCCUCACUCUUUCCCAAGCAGUUGAGAAGUUCUCUGCAGACGGAAUGCGUCUUGCCUUAGCUGAUGCUGGUGAUGGCAUUGAAGAUGCGAAUUUUGUAGAGAAGAUGGCUGACGCGGGUAUCCUGCGUCUUUUCACGCUCCUCGAGUGGGUCAAGGAAAUGAUAGCUGGAAAGGAUUCGCUUCGAUCGGGUGAAUUUGAUUCAUUCAACGACCGUGUCUUCGAAAGCGAAAUAAACCUCGCAAUAAAACAAACGGAGAAAAACUACGAGAAGAUGCAUUAUCGCGAGGCCCUCAAAACUGGCUUCUUCGAGCUUCAAGCUGCCAGGGAUAAGUACAGAGAGCUGUGCAUGAAUGGGAUGCAUAGAGACUUGGUAUUUAGGUAUAUUGAGGUUCAAGCUGUGCUACUCUCUCCAAUAUGUCCUCAUAUCUGUGAGCAUUUGUGGAAACUUCUGGAGAAGGAGACGAGUAUCAUGAGGGCGUCUUGGCCAGUUGCUGGUGAAGUGAACGAACAAUUCUUAAAGUCUUCUCAAUAUCUGAUGGAUUGUGCACGAGAAUUUAGACUGAGACUCAAAAACAUGUUGAUGGCACAAAACAAGGGAAAGGGGAAGGCAAAGGAGCCAAUACAGAAGCCAAACCACGGAGUAAUUUACAUUGCCAAGCAGUAUCCUCCAUGGCAGCACACAGCUCUAGUAACCUUAAAGAAACUCUACGAUGACAACAAUGAGCAGUUCCCGGAUAACAAGCAAAUCAUGAAUGUCUUGAAAGGAGAUGACUCUGUAAAGAAACACAUGAAGAAGCUUAUGCCGUUUGUUCAACAUGUGAAGAAAAACGUAGAGAAUGUUGGAGCCUCAGCAAUGAACCUAUCAGUUGAUUUUGAUGAGACAUCUGUGCUGAUGGAAAAUCUACCAUAUUUAUUAAAAUCUAUAGAACUUGACAGCUUAGAUAUCAAGCCUUCAACAGAUGCCGAUGAAAAAAUUGCUGAAGAAUGUGCGCCUGGUAAACCAUUUUCAGUUUUCAAAGCAAAAUAGAUUGAUGUAGUAGUGGUAAAUUAUAGUCAACAAAUUGAGAAUUUCAAAAUUUGAAAA